CACUACAUUGUUAAUUUUUCAUGUUCACUAUAAACCAUAGAAAAACACAAAUUUUACAUUUGUAUUACUUAACCAUACAAACAAAUUACAUGAUUUCCUAAGAAUGUUUAAGGUCAAGUGUGUUGAUAAGAAUGAGAUAGUGUUGUUACAAUUUGAGAUCUUUUCUUAAAAUUAGCUCUUUCAUAAGUAAUCUCCUAAGAAGAUUAUACAAGAGUAUAAUACCUACGGUCUAUAAUCAGUUUGCUGUUGUGAAUGUAUAUCUCGCGAGUUAUUGGCUUUGAUAAUAUUAGACACCACAACUUGGCUGCUAGAUGGAAGGUCAAAACAACCCAGGUCUAUGUAGGCAGCUGAUAGCAGGCUCAGCAGCAAGCCUGGGAGUCCUGGCUUGUGCUGCUGUCUGGGCUUGGUUGACUCCAACUCUUCCUCAUCUCCUAGGACCUGACAGCGAGAUACCGAUGACUUCUGAGGAAGCCUCUUGGAUGGUUUCUAUGCCCGAGUUGGGCAACUUCAUCAGUCCUCUACCUGCAAGUUACAUUGCAGACCACUUUGGCCGCAAAAUUGUAAUCCUAACAUCGGCUCCUUUAUUUUUCCUGGGAUGGGUUGUUAUCAUUUACUGCAAAACAAUCCUAGCGUUGAAUGUCGGAAGGAUUAUACAAGGUUUGGCAAUAGGAGUGGUGUACACAAUAGUCCCUGUCUACCUCGGUGAAAUAGCCAGCCCCGCACAUCGUGGUGCUGUAACAAGCGCAUUCUACUUGCUCUGGUGGUUUGGCUUUCUUUUAGAGUAUAUAUUUGGGCCAGCACUUUCAUUAAUGAAUUUCACUUACUUAUCAGCAUCUUCCAGUGUCAUAUUCUUCCUCGCUUUCAUCUGGCAACCUGAAAGUCCAUAUUAUUAUCUUAUGAGGAAUGAUCUAGAAAGUGCUAAGAAAUCCCUUACUUGGCUUUUGAACUCUACAGAAAAAAAGACCGAUGAGGAAUUAGAAACAAUGAGGAAGUGUAUUGAAGAGGAUAAAAAAGUAAAAGUAAAAUGGAAUGAAUUAGUGGCUAAUCCUACUGACAGAAAAGCUAUGAUUAUUAUGUUCCUUAUUGGGUAUAUUAGGCAGUGCUGUGGGGUGAUACCACUAUCAGUUUACUCCACACAAACAUUAGAAGCAACUAAUAAUAAUUUUUUCAUUUCCUCCGACAAUGUUACAAUAAUAAUGGGAGCAAUGAUGCUCAUCAGCUGUGUUUUUAGUUUAUUCACUCUUGACAAAUUUGGUCGCAAACCGAUGUUGUUCAUUUCUUGUACAAUAUCAGGUGUACUGGUACUUUGCACUACUAUAUACUACUUCUGCCAGUUUGUGUUGUUAGUAAAUGUAGAUAAUUUAAACUGGAUUCCUCCGGUAGCAAUGAUUGUUCUCUCUGGAGUUUCAGUGAUUGGUAUAUUCCCAGUAAAUACUGCUUACUCCUCUGAACUUUUUACAUCAAACACGAGAAGUACGGCUUCUGGCAUUUUUAAUAUCUACACCACUUUUGUUGGUAUAAUUGUUUUGAAGUUUUAUUUAACUGUUUUUGAUAACUUGGGAGUAUAUGUAAAUUUCCUAUUUUUUACCUUCACUUGUUUUCUAGGAUCAUUUCUGUCCUGUUUCAUCAUGCCAGAAACAAAAGGUAAAACAUUUGAACAGAUUAGGAGAGAUCUUUAAUGUACAUAUUAGACUUAACUCCCUCUAGCCUAGCCUGAGUAAAUGUGGUGAUCUGGUGGAAUUUUCAUUUUAUAAAAAUGUUAGACUAUUGCUCUCUAACUUUCUAGGUUAAUUACAAUCACAAAUUAAAUUACAGAACUUUAUUGUAGAAGUAUUAAUAAAAAAUAAAAAAUUGCCAAAGUGGUUCGAUAUUGAUUACUAUCCCACUAUGAAGUUUUAUAUUAUGCCAAACAUUGUUUUAAUGCUCAGCAUAAAUAUGUUAAGCCACUACAUGAAUACAGCCCAAACAGACACUCACCACUAAUGUCCAUUGAUGUCAUUAAUGUGUUGGAACACAAUUAAUUAAAGAUUGCUUAUCAAAUUAAAGUAAAGUGUAAGAGCCUGAAGAAAAGUGUUAAAUGAAAUUGGUAAAGUUGUCUGUUUCUUUUGUUCUCUGGGUGUUUUGAUUAUUAAGUCUGACUGGCCUGUCUUCUGGAUUAACUGGUUUGCCUCACUCUGAACUGCAUUUUUCUUAAUAAGGACAAGACAACCAGCUACAUAUUGGUGUCACAGGGUUGGGUUUAUGGCCCAGUGUAGGUCAGGAGACAGGUUUAAUCAUACAUGGCAUGAAAACACAUAAUAUGCUAUAAUCACUCAUCACACUCACAAAUUAUAAUACCACAGUCAAAAAGUUCCUGGAAUGAAUUUCUAUAGACAUUUAGCGUGAUCGUCAGCGGUAAAUUAGCCUUGUAGUAGUUAGUACGGCUUUUGGGGAAGGAAUCGGUAGUGGGGUUAUAGCUGACGAGCCAAAGUGCAACAUUGGUAAGCGCUUUUUGCGUACUUGCAAGUCUACUUUCUCGGUUACUGUCGGUCGUGUACCACAAACUGAGUGGCACAAACUUAUCAGAAGAUCGUAAAGAUAACACCAUGUUUCGUAACCAGUCACAAUUUAAAUCAAAAAAUUUUGGAUCUACAUUGGUUAUAUGAAUGAAUUCACCAGCCAUUAUCAUUUGAGUUUCUUUGUGCUCAGGAGACAGUAUUUUUGGAAACAUUCUCAAACAAAUUCGAUGCAUGUUCAAAUGAUCAUAAAGGAUGGUGUGAACACUUCCAUGAGAUAAAUGUACCUCAAAUGCAAUUUCAUCGAUUGUUAAUCUCCUAUUUUCACACACAACUUGUCAUACUCCCUCAAUGUUUACGUCAUUGACUGCUGUUCAACGACGUCCACUACGAGGGUCAUCGUCAAUACUUUUGCGGCCUUCACAAAUCGUUUGUGCCUCAAACUCAUAAACUUGACUUUUCUUCAUCACCUCUUCUCUAUUAGGUUGAAUUAACAACUGAAUAAUCUCACUAGGUGGUUUUUAGCGAAUUUCCCUAAAGGGAAGUAGCUAUUACUGUAGGUCUCAUGGUAAGACCUAGGCCCGGGACCGAUUCACUUUUUCAUUUUGAUGUCCCCAGAGGCCAAAAACACCAUUCGUUCAAAUUUUUAUAUAUGCACCUAUAUAUAUGAAAUGAAAUGAAAUGAAAAAUGAAAUGAAAUGAAAUGAAAUGACUAUAACUUAGUCUAUAACACUUAGUCUUAUAACUACAACAAGACUAUAACUUGAGUAAUUUUUGUCCAAAUUUGAUAAAAUUUGGUUUGAAGGUGUAAGGCGGGAUAAACUUGAAUGAGUUCGCGAACCGGCAUGAUCAGACCAUGGGAAAAGGGUUUAACAGGGGGUUUUAUGGGGUAAAAAUGGGGUUUUCUCAUUUUUUACCCUUAAAACACAAAAUUUUUCAAUUUUUCUCCAGACAUUUUCAAAGAGCUUAAAAAAACCAAAUAAUUUAGUAAAUCAAAGUGUUUUUGUACGGUGAUUGGUUACGGGGAAAAUUCAAAAAUUUUAAUUAAAAUUCCUAUGUUAUUGUUCUGGGGAAUAUUGUAAAAUGUUGUAGUUGGCUUGUUUAUGGAUAUAUUUUGAUCAAACUUGACGGAUUUAUUUAUUUCAUACUAAGCUAUUGCUAUUUUAAUAAAAAACACACUUUAUUAGUUUCCCUGUAGCAGCUAACCUAGGUACCUAGGUACUCGUUAAACAUAAAUUUUAAUAUAAUAGAUUAAUUGAAAAUCAAUCCAGGCAAAUGGAAAUUCACUUAGUCGGCAGGUUUGCUGCAGCAGGGGUAUUUAAGUAAAAAACAGAACUUAAUUUUCACACGCUGUUCACGAAACGUAAUUUUUCAAUGCAGGGACACGACCAACAGUAACCGACAACCUGGCCUUGCAGGUACAUGAAAAGCGCUUUACAAUGCUAGACUAAGGCUUGUCAGCUUUACUUCCCCUACAGAUAUGCCUUCACCAGGAUUCGUACUAACUACUGCAAGGCUAAUUUACCGCUGACAAUCGCGCUAAAUGUCUACAGAAAUUCAUUUCAGGUACUUUUUUGACUGUUGUAUGUAUAAACUCAAUUCAAGUAAAAAAGAGACAAACCCCUUCCAAAUAGAAUGAAAAUUAAUAUAAUGCUUUAUUACUCUCCUACCUAUUCAAUCUUUUAAUUAACAUAAAAUAUGAAAAUAAAUGUAAAAUUUUAAAAACCUAUUUAGGUGUUUAAAUUAACCUAAAGCUAAAAGCUAAAGCUAAAGCUAUAGGUAAGCUUCUGCAUUUUCUCCUAUGUUUAAAAUACCUUUGGUUAUUAUUAUAUCUGUAUGUCUGUACCUGAUUACUGAUUAUUGACUUCCUGUGCCAUUAUUUAACAUUAAUUUAGUCAUGUGUUGUGUACAUUGAGUUGUAACAGUUAUUAGUUAUUCUGCAGUUUUUUGUUGAAGUAAUACAAUGUGAUUUGUAGCAUGGUCCAAAGUAUCAUUUUAGUCUAAAGGCAGCUCUAGACAUUCGCCAGUCUCCAAGCACAAAAUAUUUGACGUUCGGCAUCUAGUUGUCUUGCUAUUUGCCGAUUAACGAGUAGACGUCUACACACGUGUUGUUUUCUAAUCAACUGUUUGUUUCGGGAAUAGGAAAUAUUUGUUUACUUUGAUGUGUGCAAAAAUACCGACAAUGAACGGGAAGACACGAGCAUGAACAUUUGCUGCUUGCCAAAUAGACAAACACCUAUCCACACUACUCACUAUUCGGCGAGUUGCUGCUCGGUGCUUGGCGAAUGGCGCAUGUCUAGAGCUGGCUUUAUAGAAAUUGCUUAAACGUUUUUGGACCAUUUGACACUCUGGACCUCAUGCAUAUUUUUAUUAUUGGAUUUUACUUUUGGAGAAAAUGACUCUUUUGUAUUCUCUUUAGCUUUGAUUGUUUAUGUACUGCAGUACCUUGUAUUCUUUACUAGAUUUAGUUUGAGAAUAAAUUUUGUUUUGUAAGCUA